CCCCUCCGUCUCUUGGCGGUGUCGAGGCGGGAGCGUUGGAAGCCAUUACUGGGCCCGGGCCUGCGAGCGGGGGAAAUUGGAGCCGGUGCCAGGGUGUGAGGCAGAAGAAAGAAGGAGAUAGAGAGAGAAAAAAGACUAAAUAAAUAAAUAACCGCGGAUAAAAACCCGAGCGAGUUUCUGCAGCGACGGACCCAGCUUGAAAUGGCGGAUUUCGCGACAGCGGCGCCCCCGCACGCAGUCGGUGCCGGCGCGGCCGGGCCCGGGGCGGCAGGAGCGGCCUUCAAAAAACCAGACGCUUUCGCGGACGCGGUGCAGCGGGCCCGGCAGAUAGCUGCUAAAAUUGGAGGUGACACUGCCACAACAGUAAACCACAGCACACCAGAAUUUGGAUUUGUUGGUCAAAAGAGGCAACUGGAAGAUGGAGAUCAGCCUGAUAGUAAAAAAAUAGCAGCACAAAGCGAUCCGAUCGGAGCUCAGCUUGCAGCAAUACAUCAGCAAAGGGCAACCCUUACAGAGGAUUACAGAGUGCCAGAUGGGAUGGUUGGUCUCGUUAUAGGCAGAGGUGGGGAACAGAUAAACCGAAUACAGCAGGAGUCUGGUUGCAAAGUACAGAUUGCUCCAGGGCCAAAUAAUGAUGAAAGCGGAGGUUUGCCAGAACGAUGUGUCUCGCUGACUGGGAAUUCGGAGUCAAUUCAGACAGCGAAAAUGCUACUGGAUGAGAUUGUGUCUCGGGGUCGAGGUGGGCCUCCAGGUCAGACCCAUGAUACCACAAACGGACAAAAUGGAUCCAUUCAGGAGAUUGUGAUUCCAGCGGGAAAGGCUGGACUAAUUAUUGGCAAAGGGGGAGAGACCAUCAAACAACUUCAGGAGCGUGCUGGAGUGAAGAUGAUUUUAAUCCAAGAUGGUUCGCAAAAUGCUAAUGUAGAUAAACCACUCCGAAUUAUUGGUGACCCCUUUAAAGUACAGCAAGCACGAGACAUGGUAAUGGAGAUUCUGCAUGAACGUGACCAGGGAGGAUUUGGGGACAGAAAUGAGUUCGGCAACCGAGGAGCUGGUGGAGUUGGUGGUUUAGACGUGCCAGUGCCUCGGCAUUCAGUAGGAAUUGUGAUUGGGCGAAGUGGAGAAAUGAUCAAGAAAAUACAAAAUGAUGCUGGAGUCCGAAUACAGUUCAAACCAGAUGAUGGGUCUACGCCAGAUAAGAUAGCGCAUGUAAUGGGGCCUCCAGAGAGAUGCCAGCAUGCUGCACAAAUAAUUACUGACCUUCUGCAGAACGUGCGGGCUGGUCCAACCGGUCCUCCAGGGCCUGGGAUGCCUGGCCCUGGCCGAGGAAGGGGAAGGGGACAAGGCUCGUGGGGUAUGGGACCUCCUGGAGGAGAGAUGGCCUUCUCAGUCCCCAGCCACAAGUGUGGUUUAGUUAUUGGCAGAGGUGGGGAGAAUGUGAAGGCAAUAAACCAACAGACGGGUGCGUUUGUGGAAUUGCAAAGACAACCGCCUCCUAAUGGCGAUCCAAACUUCAAACUUUUCACCAUUCGGGGUUCACCCCAACAGAUUGACCAUGCCAAACAGCUCAUUGAGGAAAAGAUAGAGGGUCCCUUGUGUCCUGUUGGUCCCCCAAUGCCUGCUGGCCCUAUGGGACCUUUCCAGCCAGGACCCUUCACCCAAGGACCCCCAGGAGCCCCUCCUCCCCAUCCUGCUGCUGGUGGCCCACCUCCUCCACAUCAGUAUCCCCCUCAAGGUUGGGGCAACACGUACCAACAGUGGCAGCCGCCCGGACCACACGACCCAAGUAAAGCUCCUGGAGACCCGAAUGCAGCUGCCUGGGCUGCCUAUUACCAACAAUAUUACCAGCAGCCCGCCGCGCCUGUUCCACCCCAACAGCCAGCUGCUGCUCCACCAGGGCCAGAUCCAACCCAGCAACCUCCAGUUCAAGGCCCAGGAGGACAGCCUGAUUACACUAAAGCAUGGGAGGAAUACUACAAGAAGCUAGGUCAGCAGAACCAGCCUGGCCAGCAGCCUGGUCCCCAACAGGAUUAUACAAAAGCAUGGGAAGAGUACUAUAAGAAACAAGCUCAAAAUGCCCAAGGGGCAGCGGCGGCGGCAGCAGCAGCGGCACCACAACCAGGAGCCCAGCCGGAUUACAGUGCAGCCUGGGCUGAGUACUACAGACAGCAGGCAGCUUACUACGGGCAACCAGGGGCACCUCAGCCCGCCCCCCAGCAGCCACCUGCACAACAAGGGCAACCGGUGCUGGCUCUUCCUGAGGAGCGGUCACCAGACAAUAUCAACUUAGCAACACCUCAAACAACUGGCCGUUUGUCCUUGGCUUCUGGCUGGGGAGAGGAUGAGUAAGGGUCUCAGCUGAGCCUGGUGUAAGUGAGAGUGGGGUUUGGAGUGGAAACCCUCAACUUCCUGGUUAAUCUGUGACUACUACAGCACUUGUGUGUUCCUCGGGCUUUGUCAUUUUAGCUUUGAACCCAACUGCUGAGAGGUUGCGCUGGUUUGUUCAGGUUCUUUGUAAUUGUGUGAAUGAUUUGAUCCUAAUUAUAAUAACUUAGCGUUGAACAAAAAUUGAAACUGGGAUAUUCCUGAUCUCUAGCUCAGCAUUACCCACAUUUACCCACUGAAGCCAGUGCUACUGCAGUCUAAGCUGAAUAGUGGUUCAAUGUGGGCCAUAUGUCUGCUGUCUCACCUCCCUCUCUGAAAGUUCAGCUUCCAGAUCACCUUAAACAAAACACCUUCCUUGCCAAUGCUUUAUUUAUAGAUCCAUGUCUGGCCGCAUUGUGGGCAUGAGUUCCUGACUCAUUAGUGGUCUAGUCAUGAGUGCAGAGCAUAGGAGGUAGGAAAAGGAGGAGACCAUUCAGCCCCUCGAGCUUGAUCUGCCGUUAGAUCCUGGGUGAUGUGUAUCUUAACUCUUUAUCAACUCGCCUUGGUUCCCUAACCCUUAAUAAGCUUAUCGAAUUUAUCAAUCUCAGUUUUGAAAUUUUCAAGUGACCUCAACAACUAUUUGGAUGAGAAUCCUGAUGAUAUAUUUGUGUGAAGAAGCGCUUCCUGGCAUCAACUCUUGAACACCCUAGCUCUAAUUUUAAGACCCUGCCCCUUUGUACUAAAUUGUCCUUAGAGGGAAUGGUUUCUCUCUACCAUCUCAACUCCUUUAAUCAAUACUUCACUUAUAUCUCCUACACUUGAAAGAAUACAACUGAAGUCUAUGCAACCUCCCCUCAGUUUAACCCCUUAUAAACGUGAUCAUUCUGGUGAAUCUGCACUGCAUCCACUCCAAAGUCAAUAUAUCUAUGAGAGGACAAUGGGCUGUAAAGAGUAUUCCUUCACUGAACAGGAUAUUUGGCUGCUAAUUGUGAUUCUGAAUAGUAACCCAUUCAGACUAAAUCUUGUGUAGUGAUAAUUUAGCAUGACCGAGCACAGUAAUUUGAAACCACUUAUAUUUAUUCAGGACUCUCAGGCCAGUGACAUCUGUGGUCAGCUGGCUGCAGUCCCAGCACUAAGCCUUGAUGGAUUUUAAUCCCUGCCGCAUUCUACCAGUGGGUGAAGCUGUUUCACACUGGUGGACCUGCAGAUUUUUUUCUAAAUGCAACUCUGCCACCUGCUGCUGAAAGAAAAGUAACUGCAUUCUUGCCAGAAUGAUCCUUCUCAUCAGGUGUAGGUGCAGUAACAGAUCAUUCAGCUGCUGCCAUUCAAUUCGAUAAUUUAUAACCUUAUAUACUUGUGUCUUUUCUUUCAAAAGAAGAGUGCAUUUGUUCUGUGGCUUUCACAACCUCCACAUGCCAUCGAAGUGCAAGUGUCAGUGAACGUCUUGCUGACUGUGUUUGCAGAUUUUUCCUUUUUGUUUUGAAAGAGUGAAAUAAAAUGUGGCUGCCUGUUUCCUGUCAGUACAGCAACUAAUGGGUUGGAGGAGCUUUACAGCAGUGUAACUGAUGACUGGUCAAAAUGAGACAUUAAUGUGGACAGCAAUGACUCUGCCCCUUCAUUUGUAUCUCAUGAAUUUAGCACUAAAUGGGUGAUUGUGUUUUGAGAUGCUUCGUGUCCCACAAUUAAACAAGCUACCAAACA